AUGUAUGCUAGGGAGAAAGUCCGGGUAACCGUUCAUUCGAGAUACUCGGCCUUCGCCGCCAGUUUCGCAUGUCUGGUGGUUCCAAAGGUGACUGGAAUCAUCCCCGGAUCGAAGAUUGAUGUUUCCUCCUGGUCGAUCCCAGUGGGAAUCCAACUUGCGGAUCCAGAGUUCAAUGUCCCCGAGAGAAUUGAUAUGUUGAUUGGUGCCUCCAUGUUUUUCAGCCUGCUUAAGUCAGGACAGCUGCACCUGGCAGACGGUCUGCCAGAGUUGCGCGAAACUCAUUUCGGCUGGGUAUUUUCCGGCGAAAUCGAGAAUUCUGUGAACCAUUCACACAUCGCGAACAACGCUUCGUUGGAUGUGCUGAAUCAAACGAUUUCCAAGUUUUGGGAGGUCGAGGAUCUUGCCGAUCCAACGCCCCCACCCUCUGAUGUUGAUGAAUGGUUGCCAGACAACCGUUCGCUCGCUCUUCGUCGGUUCCUGCUGUUGGAGCGCCGUCUCAAUAGAGAACCAAGUCUGAAGCAGCAGUAUGCUAAGUUCAUUGAUGAGUAUGAAACCCUUGGUCAUUGUCGUGAGGUUGAUGAGUCCAAGGAUGUAGACCAGCAUCGGUACUACAUGCCCCACCACGCCGUCCUGAGGCCGACGAGCUCGACCACGAAACUGCGAGUAGUGUUCGACGCGUCGGCCAAGCAAGGUUCUACGGCGAAGUCGCUCAACGAGGUUCUCCACGUUGGAAAGCCGGUCCAAAGUGAUUUGUUCAGUAUCCUCCUCAGAUUUCGUAAACACCCCAUUGCAUUCACUGCCGAUAUUGAAAAAAUGUAUCGGCAAGUGCUUAUCGACUCGUCUCAGACGAGGUUCCAGCGAAUUCUGUGGAGGAGUGACUCUUCAAAGCCGGUCCGCGUGCUGGAGUUACAGACGGUAACUUACGGCACAGCAGCUGCCCCGUUCCUCUCGACCAGAUGUCUAGUUCAGUUGUGUCAAGAUGAAAGAGAGAAGUUUCCGCUAGCAGCCGAGGUGGUUCGUGAUGAUUGUUAUGUCGAUGAUGUCCUUUCCGGUGCUAGUUCCGCAGACGAAGCUGUAGUCGUCCAGCGGCAGAUUCGAAAGAUGCUUGAGUCUGGAGGUUUUCGUGUCCACAAAUGGAGCUCGAAUUGCCAGGAAGUGUUGAGUAGUGUUCCCGAAUCUGAUCGCGAGAAACUUGUGUGCCUCGAUCAAGGAAACGAGGUCGUCAAGGCACUGGGUCUGACAUGGUGUCCCCAGUCUGACGAAUUUAUGUUCGUGGUGCGUCUUUCAAAAGAUGUCACCGAAUUCACCAAGCGAAGUAUUUUCUCUGAAAUCGGCAGGUUGUUUGAUCCCAUCGGAUUUCUAUCCCCCGUGAUUGUUGUUGCGAAGCUUUACAUGCAGAAGUUGUGGUUGAUUGAGUUGCCAUGGGACGCUAAGGUCGAAGGAGAUCUUCUGGCGUCGUGGUUGUGUUUCCGUAGAGCCCUCCCCAAGGUUAGUGAAAUUCGGAUUCCACGCUAUGUUAUCACCCCGUCGACUGUCGCGAUUGAGCUUCAUGGAUUUUCCGACGCUUCCGUUGUUGCUUACGGUGCAAACAUUUACGUCCGGUGCAUCUUGUCCGACGGUAGAGCUCAACUUCGCCUCCUCUGCAGCAAAUCCAGAGUUUGUUCGCCCAAGAAAGAUCUCAACAUUCACCGCAAAGAGUUGAUGGCGUGUGAACUGUUGGCUCGCAUGAUGGUUAGAGUUCUCGAGACUGUCAAGUUUAAGGUAAGCCAAGUCGUACUUUGGACUGACAGUCAGGUUGUCCUCGCGUGGCUUAAGAAGUCCUUGGCGAAGCUCGAUGUGUUCGUCCGAAACAGAGUUGCCAAGAUUCUUGAGCUCACCGCAGGAUUUAUUUGGAAAUAUGUCAGGUCAAAGGACAACCCCGCUGAUAUUGUUUCCAGAGGCAUGCUUCCCGAGGCUCUAAUGUCGAAGUCCGAGUUCUGGGCAGGCCCAUUCUUCCUGAGAAUCGAAGUGUAUGAUGAGGAAAUCCCCCCAGAAAUUCCAGAUGAUGAACUCCCCGAGUUGAAGCUUGGUCCGAUCAUUGCAACCCCAGUGUUUAAUGAAGACCAGCUUCCGGUGUUUACAAGGUUCAGUUCGUUCAGAAAGCUGCAGCGUGUGAUGGCAUACGUGCAGCGUUUCAUCCAAAAUUGUCGUCAGAAAGAUCCGUCUUGUCGAGUGUUCAUGAUUCACCCAACGAUCCCUGAGUUGCGCGCUUCGCUGGAACUGAUCGUAAAGAUUAUUCAGCACGAAGCACUCAGUGACGAAAUCCACCGUGUUCAAAAUGACGAACCGUGCAAGAAGAUUGCAGGUUUGCACCCGUUCUACCAGGACGGUGUCUUGAGAGCUCGCCCGAAGGUCGCUAGUCAGUUGAUGGGAAAUCUUCCUGCAUAUCGUGUCAACCAAGCUCUGCCGUUCGAGGUCACUGGUGUGGAUUACGCAGGUCCAGUUUAUGUCAAGGAAGGUCGAUACAAGCCCAAGAUCGUAAAAGCUUACAUCUCGGUGUUUGUUUCUCUGAAACGCUUCGUAGGUCGUCGAGGACUUCCCGAGAAAUCCACUCCGAUAACGGAACCAAUUUCCGCGGAGCGAAAACCGAGCUACAUGAGCUCUAUGAAUUGUUGA